AUGAGUGAGCUACACGAGGUCUGUCGUUUUGUAGAUAGGCCCAUAAAUCAUGACUAUGUAUUCAAGUUAAAGAACUACUUGAAAGAAGGAAUUCCGGCUACAUACACUCUUGAGGAAGCCUACCAUGUUGAGAAUGACAUUGAAGAUAAAGAACUUAGUUCCACCACAACACCUCUACACAUAAUAGCAUCUCACAUUCCUCAAGAUGCCACGGAAGAUGAAGAAGCCAUUAUUUUAGAAAUGUUAAACGAGCUCUUACUUUGGGGAGCCGGUUGGUCCCUGAUUGAUAAGGAUGAUCAAACUCCAGGUUGUAUCCUUGAUAAGAGAGGCUUUCAUGGAUCGGAAUACUGGAACACCAUUGUAAAUGCUGGAGUAAGAGCAGAAAUACUACUGCGAAAGGUCGAAGAUAAUAUAGAGUUUAUUGAAGAUGAAAGUGUGAACAUCAAUGAGGAGACUAUAGGGGAGGAAGCAGAUAAUGGGCAAUCCGUAAACACAAAAGCAGAUGACGAUGAGGAUAAUGCUAUUCAAGAGAUAAGGCAGCAGCUACGAGAUGAUCCUUCGAAUACAACGUCCACCUAUUUGAAGACUAAGCUUGAGUACAAGGAUGGAGCACUUGUGACUAAAGAACGCGGAGAUGGUGUGAUGAUGUCAUGGGAAGAAACCUUGAUGCAGGCAGGUUGUGACAGCAUGUUUAAAAACCAACAACCAGACAACGACCACUGCGUCUUGAAUAUUGGCUUUGGCAUGGGAAUUAUUGAUGCAAUGAUUCAAAAGAAAAAGCCGAGAAAACACUACAUAUGUGAGGCACAUCCGGAUGUCUUAGCCAAAAUGAAAGAAGAAGGAUGGAUGAACAAGGAAAAUGUCGUGGUUUUGAGCGGAAAAUGGCAAGACCAAGUAUCCGAGUUAUUAUCAAAAGGAGUUUUUUUUGACGGAAUCUACUACGAUACAUAUAGUGAGCAUUAUGAAGAUAUGCUAGAUCUCUUCGAUUUAGUAGUUGGGCUGCUCAAGCCUGAAGGUGUGUUUUCAUUUUUCAAUGGGCUUGGCGCUGACAGACGAGUUGUUUAUGAUGUUUACAGAAAAUUAGUGGAACUUGACCUAAACAAUUACGGCUUAAAGGUUUCGUUCAAGGAGUUAGUCCCCCCCAAGGAAACCUUGAAUAAACCUACUGACACAGGUGACUCAGUGUGGGAUGAUAUUCGCAGAGCUUAUUGGUCUUGUCCCGUAUACUAUCAUCCUGAAGCAGAGUUCAUGUAG